CGGCUGAAGUUUCUGAGCGACUCUCUUCUGUCCAGCUGCGGAGACCGAGCGGGUAAAACCGGCCGCGCGGAGAGCACGAGGAACCGGGCGCGAGGGGGCGUUUCUCCGGCGGACCGGACGGGAGGAAGCGGGGAAGUGGAGCGGACGGCGGUGAGCUGCGGGCGGGGACGGUGAACCGGAGCAAACACGGUCCCGCGAGCCCGGCACAGCCCGUGUCGUUACCCGGUGUCCGCACUCGGUCGACCGGCAACAAGCGAGCGUAGGCUCCGGUUACUGGAGCAGGUGCGCGGCGGAGCUCACGUUUCCUCACUGGAAAGGGCUGGAUACUGUUUCCUAUAGAGACAGGUACACUGGUGAACAUUGUUUUCUUUUUAUAUAUAAACAUAUAUUAUAUUUUUCCUUUAUAUUUAAUACACACCUGCUUAAAUUUCCCAUUGCUUGGAGUAACUUACUCAGACUUACUGAAACCCAGAACCAGUAAAGCUAUUCGCCUAAACAUUCCCAAGAAGUAAGUGGAAGUGGAUGUUUUCUAUCUUCUCAUUCUUCUAUUCUAUCCUGUGGAGUAUCUACCUGCUGCACACCUGUGGGUUAGGCUGCUAAUAGCCAAUUUAUUUGUACCUGUGGACUUGUGGACUUCCCUUUCCUUCCUGUCUCAUCCCACCUUGAAUCCUGGAAAGGAAAAGGUUAGAAAGAGAUGAUGAUACCUGCAGGAUUUUAGGAAUUCCAUCUCUUUAAGAAAUGGGAAUAGCUGAACUGCAACCUGUGCAGCAUCAGCAUCAUCACUAUUGUCUUAAUCUUGAGUGAGGUGGAACCAUCUGAAAAUAGAUAGAGAACGAGAAGGAGAAGAAGGAAGAAAAGGAGUGGCGUACCACAGGGCUCCGUGCUAGGGCAUCUUCAGGAGCUUGAAGUCUCUUCUUAUUUCUUUGUUUGUUGCGAAGACGGAUAAGCCAUAAACCAUGUCAAAGACACUGAAGAAGAAGAAACACUGGUCUAGUAAAGUGCAGGAGUGUGCCGUGUCCUGGGGUAACGGCGGAGAGCUGAGCACCGUGGUGGAGAUACGAGGUGGUGCCGAGCAUGGGGAGUUCCCGUACCUGGGCCAGGUGCUGUCCGAGGCCGUGGUGUGUCACGUGGGCAGGUUGCCCGGCCCUGGGGAUGUACUCUUGGAGGUGAACGGGACGCCCGUGAGUGGCCUUACCAACCGGGACACCCUGGCAGUGAUCCGGCACUUCCGGGAGCCAAUCCGCAUGAAGACAGUCAAGCCAGGUAAGGUGUUGAACACGGAUCUGCGUCACUACCUCAGCCUGCAGUUCCAGAAAGGAUCCCUGGACCAUAAACUCCAGCAAGUGAUUAGAGACAACCUGUACCUGCGCACCAUCCCCUGUACCACGAGACAGCCGCGGGAGGGGGAGGUUCCUGGAGUGGACUAUAACUUCAUCAGUGUGGGGGAGUUCCGCGUGCUGGAGGAGAGUGGGCUGCUUCUGGAGAGCGGAACCUACGAUGGUAAUUAUUACGGCACUCCUAAACCCCCGGCCGAGCCCAGCCCUGUCCAGCCUGACCUGGUGGAUCAGGUGCUGUUCGACGAGGAGUUCGACUCUGAAGUGCAGCGCAAGAGAACCACCUCCGUUAGUAAGAUGGAGAGGAAGGACAGCGCAGCACCUGAGGAGGAGGAAGAGGAGGAGCGGCCUGCGCUCGUUAACGGAGUCACAGAGCAUAAAGAGGGCGUGGAGUGGAGGAGGGCCGUGCCCAGCUACACUCAGGCCGGCAUGGCCAUGGACUUCCGUGCCUGGGGGACGCUGCCGAGGGACGAGAGCCAGGAGCCCCUGCCCAAGAACUGGGAGAUGGCCUACACAGAGACGGGCAUGGUCUACUUCAUAGAUCACAACACGAAAACUACGACCUGGCUGGAUCCGAGGAUGGCUAAGAAAGCUAAACCUCCGGAGAAAUGUGAGGAAGGAGAGCUGCCCUACGGCUGGGAGAAGAUUGAGGACCCGCAGUACGGCACCUACUUUGUGGACCACAUCAAUCAGAGGACCCAGUUUGAAAACCCUGUGCUGGAGGCCAAGAAGAAGACCUGCCAGGAUACUCCCACAGCCAGCAAACCAGGAGCAGUGGUGGCAGUGGCGGCAGCUGCAGGCUCAGAAGAGGCUGGAGUGAGGGGCUUCACGCGGGACCCGUCCCAGCUUCAGGGGGCGAUACUGCGCACCGCCCUGAGGAAGAGCCCCCAGGGCUUUGGCUUCACCAUCAUCGGCGGGGAUCGUCCGGAUGAGUUCCUGCAGGUGAAGAACGUGCUGCGGGACGGCCCGGCCGCACAGGACAACAAGAUCUCCUCCGGAGACGUGAUAGUGGACAUUAACGGCACGUGUGUUCUGGGGAAGACUCACGCAGACGUGGUGCAGAUGUUCCAGUCCAUCUCCAUUAAUCAGUACGUGGACAUGGUGCUGUGCCGCGGGUACCCGCUGCCGGAGGACGCCGGGACCAGCGAUGAUGGGACAGGUGAUGCUGUUCAGCCCCCGCAGCUGCAGGACGUCCAGCCCAGAGCUCCCGAGCUUGCGGCUUCACCGCAGGACCCGCUGUACCCCGUCAACGGGCGCUACCCGGCCGACGCCCCGGCCGAGUCCACCCUGCUGCAGCCGGAGCUGGUGAGCGUGCCGCUGGUGAAGGGGCCCGGGGGCUUCGGCUUCGCCAUCGCGGACUGUCCUCUGGGCCAGAAGGUGAAGAUGAUCCUGGAUGCGCAGUGGUGUCGUGGUCUGCUGAAGGGCGACGUCAUCAAAGAGAUCAACCGACAGAACGUCCAGACGCUGAGCCACGCCCAGGUGGUGGAUAUCCUCAAAGAUCUACCUGUCGGUGCGGAGGUCAAUGUGCUUGUGCUGAGAGGAGGUCAGACAUCUCCUGUGAAGUCUCUGAAACCUUGUGCCGCAGCCAUGCCCAUUACCCAGAAGCAUGAGAUCUCCACUAACACAGUGAGCUCAGAGAGCCCCAGUCAGCCUGAGCCCAUCCCCCAGUCGCUGCCCUUCCCUCCAAACAUGGUGCGCUCCAGCUCCCCCAAACUGGACCCGUCCGAGCUCUACCUCAAGUCCAAAGCCAUCCUGGACAGCAAGCCGAGCAACACAAAAGAGCUGGAUGUUUUCAUCAAGAGGAACCAGGAGUCGGGUUUUGGAUUCAGAGUGCUGGGUGGGGAAGGACCGGAUCAACCUGUGUAUAUCGGUGCUAUCGUUCCUCUGGGAGCGGCGGAGAAGGACGGGCGUUUGCGGGCGGGUGAUGAGCUCCUGUGUAUUGAUGGAAUUCCUGUAAAAGGAAAGUCCCACAAGCAGGUGCUGGAGCUGAUGACCAACGCUGCCCGCAACGGCCAGGUCAUGCUGACCGUACGCAGAAAACUCACCUACACAGAUGGAAAGGAAGAGGACAGUGGUCCCGCCCACAUCGCUCCUGCCCAGGUGAAUGGCUCCCCCAAACCACCGCACAUCGAGGUGCCCAGUCCGUCCCAGCCCGAGCCCUACGACAUCACCCUACAGCGCAAAGACAACGAAGGCUUCGGCUUCGUCAUCCUCACCUCAAAGAACAAACCGCCACCUGGAGUAAUCCCACACAAAAUCGGACGGAUCAUAGAGGGCAGUCCCACUGACCGCUGUGGGAAGCUCAAGGUGGGCGACCGCAUCUCAGCAGUGAAUGGUCAGUCCAUCGUGGAUCUGUCCCACAACGACAUAGUGCAGCUCAUCAAACAGGCCGGAAACACUGUCACGCUCACUGUGCUGCCUGAGGAAGAGCACAGCGGUCCUCCGUCAGGCACAAGCUCAGCCAAGCAGAGUCCGGCUUCUCAGCACAAAGCAGUGGGCCAGCAGGCUGCCAGCCGGGAUGACAGGAAUGGCCUGGAGACGGAGGAGCGUAAAGAGGGCGUCGCCUGGACCGAGUACAAGUCCCUCCCCAAGAGUGAGAUGGGUACCAUGAUCACGUCAGGUCCCAAACAGGGCUGUUUCCUGGUGGAGCUGGAGAGAGGAGCGCGGGGGUUCGGCUUCAGUCUGAGGGGAGGAAAGGAGUAUAAUAUGGGCCUGUUUAUACUGAGACUGGCUGAGGACGGCCCGGCACUGAAGGACGGCAGGAUACACGUGGGAGAUCAGAUAGUGGAGAUCAAUGGUGAGCCCACUCAGGGUAUCACACACACUCGGGCCAUCGAGCUGAUCCAGGCCGGAGGAACCAAAGUGCUGCUGCUGCUGCGGCCCGGCCAGGGCCAGAUCCCCGACCACAAUGUAAAGGAGAUGACGACGACAGGUCCACCUGCAAACAUCUUAAGAUACUCUGCACCUGAUGAGCCAUCAAUGCCAGCAUCUCUAUCCUCCCCCUCUCUCUCCCCUUCCGAGGGCACCUUCUCUACAUCCUGGAUCUCGGUCCCAGACGAGCACCUCGCCCCGGCCUCUGCUUCCUCCCGUGGGCAACAUCCCUUCCCCAGAGAUCCCAGAUCUCAACCUAAGAAAAGUGACUCUACUGUGUCUCAGAGCGAGCAGAGGGCGGAUCCCUCUCGCACGGAGCGGCGAGAGCGUUCACGCAGCCCUAAGAAAACCAGCAAGCAACCCUACGGAUCAGUAAAGGACGGCAAGAACGGCCAUGCCAGCACUCAGAGCCUGGACGUGUACGCAGAGAGGAAACCACAGGCGAGGAAGGAGAGAGAGAGUCGCUCAUCCAGCCCUAGGAAGAGCCCCAGGAAGGAGCAGGAGCCCGGGGCCCGGCACUAUGAUGGACAAAGGCACAACGCUGGCUCUGGAGGGGCUCAGGAACGAAGAUACGAGGAGGACGUGGAGCUGCGACAGGACAGGGAGACUGGAGAGACCAGGCCGGAGAGCACCAAGGCGACCAUUGACCGACGACGCAGGGAGAAGGGGGCCGAGAGAGAUCUGGCACCUCAAAGGUCUCAUUCCCAGACCCAGAAAGAGAAGGCUUUACCAGAGCCGCAGGCUGGAACCCUAAACCGAAAGAUGGAGGAGAGCAAGAGGGAGAUGAGGGGAUCCAGCAGUGGCCUACAGCAAGAGACCUCCUGGAAUGGAAACCCAAGCGCCAAGAAAGCUCCAAUAACUCCUGGUCCAUGGAAAGUCCCGAGUUCUGCUAAGAUCCAGUCUCAGGUAGAGGGGGUCUGAUCGUCUGAUCUGAUGGGAAUCCGUCCCUGUGCUCUGUGAUGACGUGGAAUGAUGGGACAUCAGAAUUGCCGUGGCGUCCGCGGUCAACCGAUGGUUUCUCUGAAUCACUGUGUAUUCGAUGCAUAUUUGCAUAUUUUUUUACUACAUGACUUCAGCAUCCUAUUAUCUUCACUCUGACUCUGAGACGAUGCAUUGGUGCGUCCUCGUGUCCAGGAUGAUGCAUUCGUCCCGUCAUCGGUAAGACCAUCAUCGUCGUCUCAGUCUUGUAUCGUGCCAAUCAGAGACUCCUGCUUGAAAGACUCGACGUGAAUCCCAGUGCUCCUGUGAAACCCUGCGAGGUGUGAAGAAGUGUGAAUGCUGAAUCUCAGUUUUCCGGAAACGUGAAGGAAUGUUACUUUUUUGUUUUUCUUUCUUUCAUUUGUCUUUGUUUUGUCGUUGCUCUUAUUUCAGGCGUGCUUACAGUUCUUGACUUGCUUUAGCUGGCCUGAUUUGAAGGAGUUUGGGUCCUUGAUGGUCUGAACUCUGGAAUUGCAUCAGUGCAGUUCGAUCCUGCAUUUGUCCUUGCAAGGAUGUUGGUCCAACCAAGCCAACCGAGGGAUGCUUACGUUACGUGGUUGACCAUGAAUGAAUGAUGACAUUAAUUAGCACCACUAGCCUUGAGGCCUUGAAGUCUUUCAGGCAUAUUGUAAUUGUUUGGAGAUGCAGAGAGAGCAGGUGAUCAGAUCCAGAUUAAGUCUUUCAGCUGUUUUCACACUGAACUGAAUGUGAUAUGCAUUGCACAUGCAUUGCUCGCUGCUCACUUACGUGCACGACUACAACUUUGUAAGUGCAAAAGCGAGACAUGCUCUAAUGCUAAAUGGAGACUCCAGGUUAGCGUACAAGUUUAUUGUAGAUGCUAACAUUUCUUAGCUUAGCAUUUACCGUAUUUUACAUAUUAUAAGGCACACGAACAACAUCUAUUUUUUUCAUACAUAAGGCACACCGGAUUAUGAGAAGCAUUUUAAGCGAAAAUAGUACAGAACAGGGGUGUCGCCAUGUUUCCCAGAUCUGGGGGCGCCUAAGUAAACAAAACUGUAAUUCUUAAAAAAAGCUUUUUCUUUUAAAGUCGAACAAACGCUGAAUAUUAAUCUACACAGAUUUCUCUCCUGAAAAUUCUCCAGAUUUCGCUUCCAUUUAUUUACAAUAAGCUUAGAUUUCCAGUAUUUUAGCGUUAGUAAAAGCUGUUGACAUCACUACACUGAGAAAACCUGAGCGUUCCAGUAACCCAAGAAAAAAAAGCUAGCAGUUUGCCCCACGUAGCUUGGUUAAACAUGGUAAACACGCAGACUACAGUCUGAUAUACUCACCUCUGAAUGGCGAAAGAGCUAGCGCUGCGGUUAGCGGCUAAUGCUAAUACUGCUCCAGUCUUGGUGCUGGAGAAACUUUACUCAAACUCCUGUAUAACACUGUACUCCAGUGGAGUUUCUUUACUGCUCUGUAAUACCUGACUGGUAAAAUUCAUAAUAUAAGGAGCACCGGAUUAUAAGACGCCCACUCGAUUUUUACAUUUUUAGGAAAAUUAAAGGAUUUUAAGUGCACCUUAUAGUCCGAAAAUUGCAGUAAACGCUGGAAACCGCAUACAUGUUGGAGGAUGAGAAACAUAACUGCUCUCUGAUUGGCUACACCGAAACUUGACUUAAGCUCAGUGUGAGAACAUUAGAGCUUUAUAUGACCCUGUGCAUCUUCCAUAGCACACUGUGUUUACCGCUGUGCAAAAUCUGCAUCAGAAAAUCAGCAUUUCAGAGUUCAGUGUGAAAACAGCUUUAGCCUAGCGUCUCUGUGAUCAUUUAUCAUUAGAUUUGCAAUUAAGACCAGGAUUAAAACAUUAACCAUGGUUUUGUUGGAAAAUCUGCUCCUGGUGUUCAGGCUGGACUUUAGUUAGCAGCUUUGCGACGUAUUUUUAGUUUAUUUUUUUAAAAGAUCAGUCUUUAAAAAGGACCAGACACUGUAUUGUUUACUACAUGCGUGUUUAUGAAGAAGCCUCUGUUAUUUAUUGCGAUGAAAAAGAAUUAUAUAGCUAUUUGCAAUCAUAAAUAUAUAUAAACGCUGUGCUCUGACUUGGAUUUAAGAGCUUGCUUCAUCUUUUUAGCGCAGCGGCUUUAGAAUCGCUCACUCUGCGCACUACACGCUUAAGGGUAUGUCUUUUUUUUACGUUUUAUGCUGUAGCUUUCACAAUUACACUGUUAUACAGAGAGGUGGGUUGAUAUAUUUGGAUUUUUAAUAUUAAUAAAACAUGAAAUGAAGGUAAAAGGUAUUGGGAGUAAAUCAAAUCAUAUUUUUUCAUACAGUUUUACAUAUAUAUUUUUUGUCCUGUUUUUUUUUAUUAUUAUUAUAUCUGUCACAACACUUACCGAACAACUUUUUUGUGUGUUGUUUUUUUGUUUUUUUUUAUAAUGCAUUGCUGACCUGAUCCUAAAACUUCUUGGGGAAAACCAGGACCAGUGAAGAUAUUGUAAUAUUGUUAUAUAGAUUUAAAACUCAAUGAAAAUGCAAUGAAUGGUAAUAUUUUGACCUAAGCUCAUGUAGCUCCUCAGAUGUAGCCCAUUUGACUGUGUGUCUGUGUGGACUAUGUGGACAGCACCCCCCAUAUAUAUAUGUGUGUGUGUGUGUGUUUGUGUGAAAAAUGGCCAUGUACAUAUAAUUGGCAUUCUGUCACAAACAUAUCAAAAUGUAUUAAAAACAGUUGCUUUAUUUCUGUAUGUUUAAAUAUCAGUGUAAUUGUCAGUACAUGUCAUUAUUGCUUUUUAUUACCUUUUUUUUGUUUGUUUUAAUUUUUUUGAGAAGGGGGUCCAAACAAGUGGCAGCUUUGAUGUUUUUGAUGAGUUAGUGAGUUUGUUUUAAUCAUUUCUACACUUUGCUUUUAGUUGCACACCACUCUCUUUCUCUCUCUCUCUCUCUUUUUUUUUUUCUUUUUCUUUUUUUCUUGACACAAUAAAUGAGAAAAACGUAUACUCUUACUUUUUUAACAGGUGCUACAAAGGGUUCUUUGAGUGAUGCUUAAUAAGAACCACCUUUGGUUCCGGUAAACAUUUGUCUUAAAUGGGCACUAAACCCCCUAAUUUUUGCUCAAAUUUAAAAAAGUAGUAGGUAGUUUGUGAGGGGCCCUGAGUGAUGUAUGGGUUUAGAAGUAGGGCAGAAAGGAGAGCUGAUUGGCUGAGCUAUAGCACAGUUAAACCUGAGAGGAGCUGCAGAGGCAGAAAAUUACCACAAUAAAAUCGUUUUUAAAGGUUAGGAAAUAUUUCUUAAAAUUUUAAGCACGACUGAACACAUUUUAGCUGUUAACUGUUAAAGGAAAAAAUAUGGUUUCGGGUUCAGUGGCUCUCUAAAAAAGACAUUAAAGAUAUUUAAUUAAGCUGGUAAUACAUAUGUACAUAUGUCUGAUUGGACGCUGCCUAACACUACACGCCUUCUAAAUAACAUCCUACUCAAAUACAUGCAGGCCUGGGCCAGUGAUUUUAAAUGUGUGGGCUGUGGCUCCCCCAGUGGGCUGCAGGGGUACUGCUAAGGGGACAUUAGCCAAAAACACAAUGAUUUCAGCAAAUAUAUUAGUGCAUCUAAAAUUUGAAUAUCAUUGAAAAGUUACUUUAUUUCAGUAUUUCAGUAUUUUAGAGAGUUAUAUAUCAAGUAAAAAAAAUAAGUGCAUUGUUUCAUGCUUCCCUCUGCUGACAACUUUUCUGAAGAUGCUGAUUUCAUUUUCCAGCAGGAUUUGGCACACUGCCCACACUACUAAAAGUACCAGUCGGACCUAUAUAAUAUUCUAAUUUUCUGAAACACUGAUUAAAUGUGUUUAAUACAUCUAUAUAAUACAUACGUUUCACAUGUUAAACUGAAUUACUGAACUAUAGUACAUUUUCAACGAUAUUCAAUGAUAAUUCUAAUGAUAUCAUAUAGUACUAUGAAGAUUAUUUGCAUAAAUUAACAUUACACAUACAUAAAGCUUGUUGAUUGGUCAGGCACAGCAGAGUCUCAUGACUGACAAAGAUAAUAAUUGAAUGUAGGACAUAUUAUUGUAUUGGAAUUUUAAAUUUAACCAUCACAGCUAAAUUACGAGUGUCUCAGUUGUUGUAUUCUACUCUGGGCUUGGCACACGAUUACUGCUAAAUGCAGUUUUUUUAUUGGUGAAGCAGAAAAACACUCAAGAAAUGAGUAUACAUGCUUCUUUCACUUUCACUGACUUUUAUUUUAGUGUGCUUUAGUGGUGACUUAA